AUGAAGGGAGUUCUACACCCUUUUUUCGCUUGUGCUUUUCAGGUGAACAACAGCCGCAGAAGUGCAGAACAUAAUCGACCGGGAAAACGUGGGCAAAAGCCUCGAUCCUGUGUAUCAAUCCAGCCGACGAUCUGUUUGCUUGCAUUUGGGAAACGGAGUCUGUCCCAGACAGCUGAGGAGAAUCGCUCCACUAUGUUCCUUCGUAGGUGAUAAAUUAGCUGUCCAGCCGGUGGCGUUAGAUACGUUUAAACCGGUCAGCUAGCAAUGUAUAUAACAAUUCCUUCGGCCGUGGAUGAUUUAGAUGUUCUGAUUGCCCGCUUAAAAAGGUUUAAUGGAGUUCAACUUCAGCUACAUGAAGAUCGGCUCAAAAUUUUGGGACCGGUUGAGAAGCUGGUGGAUGCCCAAGUAAGUUUUAUCGGUUGUUUACUUGAUUUCGACACAGAACUAUGCUCUUCGUUACCUUGGACCGGAGUCAAAUACCCCCAUCCAUGUGUCGAAUGACUGCUUUAGUGUUUUUCAACACGCCGACCUUGUUCGACACUUUGAGGAACAGUUUGAUGUUAUUAUUUGCGUCAAAGGGUCACGUGAGCUAUAUCUUAAGGGCCGACAAGCGGACAUAGACCGGUUUCAAGCCUGUCUGAGGGAAUUGGAAACCAAUUGCUGCCAGUGUCCAACAGUGCUAACCCCGUUCAAACUGGAGAAUUUGCGUCUGUUAUGUCAAAAAUUUUCCAUUCUGUUCCACGAAUUACCUCCCAAACCCUCGAUUCAGAUGGCUCUCUUGAUCUAUUUCUCAUCUUUACUGGAUUCGGGCGCGAAACUGUUGCCGAAACAACGUACAGCGCCUUUAUCGUACAUGGAAGUCUAUAGAAAGCCUGUUGGAGAGUCUCAGUUGUUUCGGAACAACCACUCUUCACUACAAGACGCGUUCUUGGGGCACCUGGAAAGCGUCCCUCUUGUACUCCCUGAGAGGGCGCGUUCAGCGUCGGCAAGGCGAGAGACUAAACAUGUUUCCGAAUCAAAUCUGUCUGCAACUUCCAGGCGACUACGUAGUGUGGUCAUUGACGGCAGUAACGUAGCAUUUGCCCACGGGAAGCAACAGAAGUUCAGUCCUGAGGGGAUUUGGCUUGCACUAAAUUUUUUUAUCAAGCGCGGACACACCAAUGUUGUGGCUGUCGUUCCCCGUUUUCGCAGGGGCAUGGGUGGAAAGCUGUUUGACAAGCUAGAGCGGGCGGGAUAUCUGUGCUACUCGUCUUCUCGCUUCGUCAACGAUGAUCACCAGAUUGCAGACGAUGACAAGAUUAUUUUACAACUCGCCAUCGAAACCGAAGCGGUAGUUGUUUCCAACGAUCAGUUUCGUAAUUACCGUGAUAUCAACGAGCAAUUUCGUGACGUCAUUGACAACCGACUGCUUCCUUACACUAUGGCCCUGAAUACUUUUUUGAUCCCUGACGAUCCUCAUGGUCGCAAGGGACGGACUCUUUCCGAGUGUCUCUGUCUUCCACACCAUACUGAAGAUUGAUUCCAAACUGGUUGCUAUCUGCUCCCUGUGUUCUCAUUUUGCUCGUAUUUCUCGUCCUUGUUACUCCAAUAAGUCCAGUCCCUUUUGGGUGGGUUGUCUCACUUCACCGGGUCGUCGUGUGAUCAGUGAGAAUCGAAGAUUCCUUCUUAUUCCUGUUGGCUUAUGUGAACAUUGGUGAUGAAGUUCAGCCCGCACUUGUAUUAUACACUGUUGAGAAACCUAGUUCUCCUGGACUAUCACAUUACCCACCUUUGUGCCCGGCUUAUUCCAUUUUACUUUUUAACAAUUACACAGACUCCAUCGCAU